GUGUGUCGCGUCGUACGUCAGCAGCCGCCCGCUUCCUAAUAAAUCUGCCUGGGGUUCGGCUCUGCUUUUUCAUGAUUAUUACUUCUACUUAAUGGAAAGAUAAUGAGCAGCAGAAGCAGUAUAUCUUUACUCAACUUUUUUAUUUAUAACCCUGAUUAUGGCCCUCGUGAAGGAGAGGAACACAAAAAGAUUCUGUUUUACCAUCCAGAGAAAGAAAAUAUUGACACAAAAAUAAAAAAUGUUGGUCUUAGUGAGGCUGUUGUCAAGUUCACUCAAACAUUUUUACCAAGUAAACCGUGCGAGGCACUGCAUACUCAAAAAUAUAGGCAACUUUUCCUGAACGUAGAGAAAAAUUUCUGGAUGGUUAUGACAGUUGUUGUGCCCUUUACGGAGAAACUGGAGGAUGGGAAGACAUUACGAGAGUACCAUCCUGAAGACGUUCAAGACUCGGUCUACCAGGCAGUAUUAAUGCAUGCUUAUAAAAUGUUCAAGUUAUUUAUGGGAACAAUUCAAGGAAUUCUUGAGCGUACAAAUGUUGAGCAGUUGAAACAUAGAUUAGACCAUUUCUUCAGUCGGUACAUUGCAACUAUGAGAUUGAACCAUUCCGAUAUUUUAGAUGUACACGCAGGAAUCCAGUUUCUUCCACUUGACAAGAACACAUACCUUAGAAUACAGUGCUUCAUCAACCUCAUAGAAGCCAAUUUCAGUCGUAUCAAACAUACUGCUUUCUUGUACAAUGAUCAUUUAGUAUGGAGUGGGUUGGAGCAAGAUGAUAUGAGGGUUCUGUACAGAUACUUAUCAACCAAUCAAUUCCCAACCACCUUGGAUACAGAGCUAAAGGAGGCACCGCCCUCUAAGGUUUUCCUUGGUCAGACUGUCUCUUCAACAUCACAUUAUGGAAAGUAUGUUACUGGACCACCAGAUCUUUCAGACGAAACAAAUAUAGGAAGAAUUCCGAAAAUAUACGUCAACACAAAUUCAGAAACAGAGGAACUGCACUUAGUCAUAUAUAGAGCUUUGAGUGCAACUGUGUGUCUAAUGGUUGAAGCUUCAACACUGCCUAGUUUCAACUGGUUCAAGGAGAUUGAUAAUUUCAUCGGCCCACAACUCACAAAAUUAGCAUCAGAUAUUAGUGAACAGCAUGCCAGCCGAAAAUCACCAAGUCGGAACUUCAGUCUCACACCAGUUAGAAGGUGAGGGUGUGUUGUGCAA